AUGGCGAACAAGGCCAGCUCGGGGGCGCCGAGCCCGCUGAGCCUGGUGGUUGCCAUGGCGCUGUGCUGCUUCUUCUACGUGCUCGGCGGGUGGCAGCGCAGCGGGUACGGCAAGGGCGACCGCAUCGCCGCCGCCGUGAGCCAGCAGACGGCGUGCGGCGACGGGUCCAACGGCGCUGCCGCGGUAGGGCUCAGCUUCGAGACGCACCACGGCGGCACAGCGGGCAUCAACACGUCGACGUCGCUACCCUUCGGGGCCGACGUUUGCGCCGUGCGCGGCGGCGCUGGUGGACCACACGCCGUGCCACGACCAGAACCACGCCAUGAGGUUCCAGCGAAAGAACAUGGUGUACUGGGAGCGGCACUGCCCCGCCGAUGGCGAGCGGCUGCGGUGCCUGGUACGGCCCCACCCAGCUACGUGAUGCCGUUCCCGUGGCCCCGGAGCCGCGACUACGUGCCAUUCGCCAACGCGCCGUACAAGAGCCUCAACAUCGAGAAGGCCAUCCAGAACUGGGUGGCGAGCCUCGGCGCGUACCUGGACGCCCGCUGCGUGAUCGCCAUGUCCUUCGCGCCGCGCGAUUCGCACGAGGCGCGGGUUCAGUUCGUGCUGGAGCGCGGCGUCCUCAUCUCCGUCAAGCUCCCGUUCCCGCCGCGCUCCUUCGACAUGGCGCACUGCUCCCGGUGCCUCAUCCCUUGGGGUGGCAACGACGGGAUGUACAUGAUGGAGAUCGACCGCGUGCUCCGGCCGGGCGGCUACUGGGUGCUCUCUGGCCCGCCGAUCAACUGGAAGACGAACCACAAGGACCUCUCUGCCGAGCAGCAGCAGAUCGAGGAGUACGCCGCCAUGCUCUGCUGGGAGAAGGUCACCGAGAUCCGCGAGAUCGGCAUCUGGCGGAAGCAGCUCGACCCCUCCGCCACGUGCCCCGCCAGGCCACCGGUACAAGAACAUGGAGACCUGCAUCACGUCGCCGGCGAGCUGCAGCUGUUCCCGGCGGGGCGGCUAACGGUCGUGCCGCCGCGGAUAUCGGCCGGUGCCGUGCCGGGAUUCACGGCGGAGUCGUACGAGGAGGAGAACUGGCGGUGGGAGCGGCACGUGGCAGCGUACAAGAAGGUGAACUACAAGCUGAACAGCGAGCAGUACUGGAACAUCAUGGACAUGAACGCCGGCGUGGGUGGGUUCGCGGCCGCGAUCUUCUCGCCCAAGUCGUGGGUCAUCAAUGUGGUGCCGACGGCGGCCGAGCUCUCCACCCUCGGCGUGGUGUACGAGAGAGGGCUCAUCGGCAUGUACCAUGACUGCUGCAAAAUGGAGGAUAUCCGGCUGGACAUCGACCGGAUUCUGCACCCCGAGGGGACCGUGAUCCUCCAAGACGACGUCGAGAUCCUGCUGAAGGUGCAGAGGAGAGUGAAGGGGAUGCGGUGGAAAACGCUGUUGGCAAACCAUGAGGACAGCCCCAACAUACCUGAGAAGGUGCUCUUCGCUGUCAAGCGGUACUGGACAGCUACCGGCGAGGGCUCAGAGGAGGAGAAGAAGACAGUCAGCUCUUCAGUAGCAAGCAAGGAUUCAGAGGAAUAA